UCCCCGCGCCCCGCUCGUCCGCCGCGCUCCGAAGAUGGUGGCGGCGCCGUGCGCCCGGAGGCUGGCCCGGCGCUCGCACUCGGCGCUGCUCGCGGCGCUCACGGUGCUGCUGCUGCAGACGCUGGUCGUGUGGAAUUUCAGCAGCCUCGACUCCGGGGCCGGGGAGCGCCGCGGGGGCGCAGCGGCCGGCGGCGUGGAACAACCGCCCCCGGCCCCGGCCCCGCGCCGGGAGCGCCGGGACCUGCCCGCCGGGCCGGCUGCAGCCCGAGGCGGCGGCGGCGGCGGCGGAGGACUGGGGGCCCCGGCGCGGGCGCGGGGAGGCGGCCCGGGAGAACCCCGGGCGCAGCAGCCGGCCAGCCGGCGGGCACUGCCCGCGCGGGCGCUGGACCCUCAUCCAAGUCCUCCGAUCACCCUGGAGACCCAGGAUGGCUACUUUUCUCACCGUCCGAAAGAGAAAGUGCGGACAGACAGCAACAACGAGAACUCCGUCCCCAAAGACUUUGAGAAUGUGGACAACAGCAACUUCGCACCCAGAACUCAAAAGCAAAAGCACCAGCCUGAGUUGGCAAAGAAGGCCCCGAGCAGACAGAAGGAGCUUUUGAAAAGGAAGCUGGAGCAGGAGGAGAAGGGGAAGGGACAUUUGUUUCCAGGCAAAGGCACCAAUGAGGUGCUGCCUCCCGGGGAGAAAGCCACGGUGAACAGUAGCCGUGGGAAGGAUGCCCCAAGACAGCCCCACACCAGGAAAAGCGGGGGCAGCUCCCCCGAGCUCAAGCAAGACCAGCCCCCCAAGUGCGACAUCUCGGGCAAAGAGGCCAUCUCCGCACUGUCCCGCUCCAAGUCCAAACACUGCCGCCAGGAGAUCGGGGAGACCUACUGUCGCCACAAGCUAGGGCUGCUGAUGCCCAAGAAGGUGACACGAUUCUGCCCCCUGGAAGGCAAAGCCAACAAGAACGUGCAGUGGGACGAGGACUCGGUGGAAUAUAUGCUCGCCAACCCGGUCCGAAUCGCCUUCGUGCUGGUGGUCCACGGCCGCGCCUCUCGACAGCUGCAGCGCAUGUUCAAGGCCAUUUACCACAAAGACCACUUCUACUACAUCCACGUGGACAAGCGCUCGAAUUACUUGCACCGGCAAGUGCUGCAGUUUGCCAGACAGUACAGCAACGUUCGUGUCACGCCCUGGAGGAUGGCCACCAUCUGGGGGGGCGCCAGCCUCCUGUCCACGUACCUGCAGAGCAUGCGGGACCUCCUGGAGAUGACCGACUGGCCCUGGGACUUCUUCAUCAACCUGAGCGCCGCCGACUACCCCAUCAGGACAAAUGACCAGCUGGUGGCAUUUCUCUCCCGGUACCGAGAUAUGAAUUUCCUGAAGUCACACGGCCGGGACAACGCAAGGUUCAUCCGAAAGCAGGGUCUGGACCGGCUCUUCCUGGAGUGUGACGCCCACAUGUGGCGCCUGGGGGACCGGCGAAUCCCAGAGGGCAUUGCUGUGGAUGGAGGUUCCGAUUGGUUCCUGCUGAACCGGAAGUUUGUGGAGUACGUGACCUUCUCCACAGACGAUCUGGUGACCAAGAUGAAGCAGUUUUACUCCUACACCCUGCUUCCUGCUGAGUCCUUCUUCCACACGGUCCUGGAGAACAGCCCCCACUGUGACACGAUGGUGGACAACAACCUGCGCAUCACCAACUGGAACCGGAAGCUGGGCUGCAAGUGCCAGUACAAGCACAUCGUGGACUGGUGCGGCUGCUCGCCCAACGACUUCAAGCCGCAGGACUUCCACCGCUUCCAGCAGACAGCCAGGCCAACCUUCUUUGCCCGAAAAUUUGAAGCCGUGGUGAAUCAGGAAAUCAUCGGGCAGCUGGACUAUUACCUGUACGGGAACUACCCCGCGGGCACCCCAGGACUCCGCUCCUACUGGGAGAACGUGUACGACGAGCCGGACGGCACCCACAGCCUGAGCGACGUGGCGCUUACCUUGUAUCACGCCUUCGCCCGCCUGGGCCUCCGACGGGCCGAGUCGUCGCUGCACGUGUCGGGGGAGAGCAGCUGCCGGUACUACCCGAUGGGCCACCCAGCGUCCGUCCACCUCUACUUCCUUGCAGACCGCUUCCAGGGCUUUUUGAUCAAGCAUCACGCUACUAAUCUGGCUGUGAGCAAACUGGAGACCCUGGAGACGUGGGUGAUGCCGAAGAAGGUCUUCAAGAUCGCAAGCCCGCCCAGCGACUUUGGGAGGCUCCAGUUUUCCGAGGUCGGCACUGACUGGGAUGCCAAGGAGCGGCUCUUCCGCAACUUUGGGGGUCUCCUGGGGCCCAUGGAUGAGCCCGUAGGCAUGCAGAAAUGGGGGAAGGGCCCCAACGUCACCGUGACUGUCAUCUGGGUGGACCCUGUCAACAUCAUCGCAGCCACCUAUGACAUCCUGAUUGAAUCCACUGCCGAGUUCACCCACUACAAGCCCCCUUUGAACUUGCCCCUGAGGCCUGGGGUCUGGACAGUGAAAAUUCUUCACCACUGGGUGCCAGUUGCAGAGACCAAAUUCCUCGUUGCUCCGCUGACCUUCUCCAACAGGCAGCCUAUCAAACCAGAGGAGGCACUGAAGCUGCACAACGGGCCCCCGCGCAGCGCCUACAUGGAGCAGAGCUUCCAGAGCCUGAACCCCGUCCUCAGCCUGCCCAUCAGCCCGGCCCAGGUGGAGCAGGCCCGGAGGAACGCGGCCUCCACGGGCGCAGGACUGGAGCGCUGGCUGGACUCGCUGGUGGGGGGCAUGUGGACCGCCAUGGACGUCUGCGCCGCGGGCCCCACAGCCUGCCCCGUCAUGCAGACCUGCAGCCAGACCGCCUGGAGCUCCUUCAGCCCCGACCCCAAGUCCGAGCUGGGGGCUGUCAAACCCGAUGGCCGACUCAGGUAGCACCGGGCGCGUGCGGGCCCCAGCGGAUGUCGGAGGGAAAGCAGCCCGAGGGCUGGUGGCGCCCGGACCCUGGCCCCCUGCUGCCGGGGUGCCUUUUGUGAGAGGGGCUCCCCCGGCUACAGAACGAUGGACAGGAAGGUGCGGAGGUCAAGGCAGCUCCUGCCAACGACCUGCCCCCCCUCCCCCACCGGCUCUGGGGGGCGAGGAGUGCGCAGUCCCGGGGCCGUGGUGGUCUUACCUCUUC